AUGUCCGCUCCAGUUGAUAGUGUUACCGCCCAGUUGGCCACGGCCUCCCUCGACAAUACCAACAGCGCCGAGAACGCUGGCGCCCAGCAGAACACCGCCGAGAAUGAGGCGGUUCUUGCCAGCGCCGCCGAGGGCAGGCGUCUCUACAUCGGGAACCUCGCCUAUGCGACCACCGAGGGGGAGUUGAAGGACUUCUUCAAGGACUACUUGGUCGAGUCCACGACCAUCCCCACCAACCCUCGCACCAAUCGCCCUGUCGGCUAUGCCUUCGUUGCUCUCUCUACCCCGUCGGAGGCCGAGCGUGCCAUCGCUGAGCUGAACGGCAAGGCCAUCCUUGACCGCAAGGUCUCCAUCCAGCUUGCCCGUACGCCUGAGCAGCACGCCGAGGGUGCCGGCAGCGGCGCCGAGGGUGCCAGCAAUGAGCACCGUCGUCGCUCCUCCACGCGUGGUCGCGGCCGUGGCCGUGGCCGUGGCGGACGUGGCGGACGUGGAGGACGUGCUAAGAGCGAGGGCGGUGAGGGCGCCGAACACGCCGAGGGCGAUGCUGCUGCCGCCACCGAAGCUCCUACAAAUGUACCCGGCCAAGUUCUUCCACUUACAGAGAAAACGAACACGACGCUUACCAAUCGCAAGGGCGCUGAGGGCAACAAGAAGCCGCACCCUCCUCGUGAGCGCAAACAGCGUGGACCCCCGGAGGACGGUGUUCCCUCCAAGACCAAGGUCAUGGUUGCCAACCUUCCCUACGACCUCAAGGAGGAUAGGCUUCUGGAGAUCUUCAAGGACUAUCAACCCAGCUCCGCCAAGAUCGCUCUCCGUCCUAUUCCCCGCUUCAUGGUCAAGAAGCUCCAGGCCCGUGGCGAGCCUCGCAAGGGCCGUGGCUUCGGCUUCGUCACCCUUGGCUCCGAGGAGCUUCAGCAGAAGGCUUGCGCUGAGAUGAACGGCAAGGAGAUCGAGGGUCGUGAGAUCGCUGUCAAGGUCGCCAUCGACUCUCCCGGAAAGGAGGACGACCACUUUGAGAAUGCUGGCGCCCAGGAGGGACAGGAGAACACCCCCGCCGAGGCUCCCAAGGAGGCCGCUCCCGCUGCCGCUGAGGCUGCUGCUUAA